UAAUCAGGUACUAGAGAAGGAAAGUAACUAUGGCUCUGGGUUUCAGUCAGAACAGUUAAUUCCGUGAGUAUUUAGACAUAAUACGUAAAGUAACUGGAGCCUGAAUAUGACUCCGUGUGAUAAAGAUUAAUCCCUCACCGGGAAUCAUCAUUUAUUACAGCGCUGGAAAGAGAUAAGUGUGACACACACAGAAAUAGGUAAGAAUACAUUUGAUAAUUGAGUAUUGAGAUAUAUAUACAUUUCACUUAAGACAGGUAGAGAGAGUUUGUGGGAAAAGGUGCUUUGUCACUGGAUGAUUGCACAGUUGAAUAUCAUGAGAUUUACACUUGUACAGGUGCAAGAAACAAUGCAGGCCUGAGUGGUUUCUUUUGUAGUUGGAUUAUACUUCAGCCAAAUGUUUACAAAUGUGUAUCUGUCAGUCACUGCUCAAAAUAAGAUUUACUCAAACCCAGUGUCACUGUAGCUAUGGUGAAGUAUCGACACGCUGAUCAAAUCUCAUCAUCGGAAUUCAUCUAUUCUUCCAUUCUUUCCCGAAGACACGACUGACACCCCUGAUCUUGUUCCUUGUUCUUUCUCGCUUGCAUUUGUUUUGUUUUGAUUUGUUUAUUCCUCAGGUACAGCCAGUUCACCAGUCACGCCAAGAGCACAUACCACGGAAGACCAAGAAGAAGAGGAGAGAAGUGUGAAAAGAAAACGAGAAGUUGUAAACAAAACAGAGGAGCAAGGGCAGAUCAAGAAAGUUUGUAGUGAAGGUUUUCAGAUGUUCCACUGCAAUGCCUUCCUGUAUUGAAAGGCUAUGUAGCAGCAAGGCGCGGUGAGCGGGAUGAGAUGCAGGAUGCCCACGUUCUGCUGCCAGACAUGAGCAGCUGUCUGUCAGCUCUUCCAGGACAUGUGUCCCAUGUUUCGUACUUUGCCGUGUUUGACGGUCAUGGUGGAGCUCGAGCCUCUCAGUUUGCUGCUGAGCAUCUGCAUCACAAUCUGGCCAAGAAGUUCCCAAGCGGAGAUUCUGAGAAUGUGGACAAACUGAUAAAGAAAUGUAUCCUGGACACUUUCAAACAGACAGACGAAGACUUUCUGAAGAAAGCAUCUAGCCAGAAACCAGCAUGGAAGGAUGGCUCCACGGCCACCUGUGUGCUGGUGGUGGAUGACAUGGUGUAUGUGGCCAAUCUGGGAGACAGCAGGGCCGUGUUGUGUCGGAUGGAGGCGGCAGCAGAAGGACGGAGGAGGUCGGUGACUCUGGCUCUCAGUAAAGAACACAAUCCGACCAUGUACGAAGAGAGGAUGAGGAUCCAGAGAGCGGGAGGCACUGUUAGAGAUGGCAGGGUGCUGGGUGUCCUCGAGGUCUCCCGCUCUAUCGGAGAUGGUCAAUACAAACGCUGUGGCGUCAUUUCUACGCCCGACUUGAGGAGGUGUCAGCUCACAGCCAAUGACAGGUUCAUCAUUCUGGCCUGUGAUGGUUUGUUUAAAGUCUUUUCUGCUGAUGAAGCUGUUAAAUUUGUCCUCAACAUCAUGGAGGAGGGCAGUGUAGAGCCAAAGUCGGGCCUGACGGAGGAGGAGGUGCGGUUUGAAGCUGCCUGCCAACAGCUCGCCAGUGAGGCGGUGAGACGAGGUUGCGCUGACAAUGUCACUGUCAUCCUGGUUUCUAUUGGCUGCUAAAUACAUCCAUCAUUCAUCAUCAUGAAUGCAACAUACAUGUGCAUGGUGGUCCCUGACACACACACACACACAGUAACAAUUGAUCUGACAGUCUUACUUUGUUUUGUUUAUUUUCCAAUAAAAACAUUUUUCUUUA